UAUUUCUAUAGCCUGGUGGGAAGCCAUUGCCUGCAAAUCUGCGGCAUGGCUGCCGCCUCAUCUGGCCGUGCAGAGGUCGACACCUCUCGCGCGUUCCGGUCUGUCAAGGAGGCGGUCGCUGUGUUCGGUGAGCGCAUUCUCGCAACGGAAGCACAGUUCAGGCCGGGUGCACAUGCCAACCAUCGUGUUGUUAGGGAGAGGAGUUCUUGGCGAGACUCUGUCGCCAUUGCUUCCUCAAAAGAGAAGCUUGAGGGGAGUUCUGACCUCAUCAGGGGAAGCCACUCCACCAGUCCAAACGCCAUCGCCGUUGCCAUUGCCAAGCACGAGGGAAAUAGCAGUGAGCCUGCUAGAAUUGUAAUGCCAGUGUCUAAUGCCCAGCCAAUGUGCCUGGUCCCGUUGUCUCCACGGUUCCAGGCAUCAUCGUCCCCGUCUCUAGCCCGUGGCGACGGCUACGACAAGCAGGACGGGAAGGAAGCCAAUCUCAUGAUCAUGAGCUCCAUCAAGAAGGUGGAGGAAGAGGCGGCCAAGACAAGGCUGGAGGCGGUGCAGGUCAAGAGGAGGCUGGCCGACCUGGAGCUAGCCAUGGCGAACCUCAAAGCGAAGCUCCACCGUGCCCUCUCGAGGCUGGCAUACAUGGAGGCUGACAAGGCGGCGGCCGCAAGGGCCAACAUCCAGCAGAGGGAUAUCAACACGUCGGCGCUGACGGUCUGGGCCGAGGCCAAGACCGAGCGGCACCCAUUGCGACACCUGCUGAGCCUCGACGAUGCCGACGAGGAGGUGAAGCAUGGCCAGGAAAGGGAGAUGACGACGACAACGACGAAGAGGAAGAUGCAGAAGCAGAAGCCAAUCAUGCCCCUUGUUGUUCCGCUCAUCAGUGAGGUGCUUUUCUCCAAGAAGAAGAGGAUGAACGACAAGGAGAGCUUGUACCUGAAGGAGCUCUACAGCUUGCUAAGGCUGUCUUGAUCGGUGGUCUCCAUGCUGAUUAAACUUGUGCUGAUGUGUAUGAUUGUUUGAUCUUGCACACAUACCUAACUAAUUUGAAAAUCUUUUCUCAGGUUCUGUGUUUAACUAUGUUAUUAAUUGUGUGAAUGAAUGGAUUAGGGGGAAUGAUCAAA